UCUUGUAAAUGAGUUGCACACAGAGAGUGACGGAGAACCAGAAAACAGAAAGGAAGAAGAAAAAGGGGAUCGAGUGAGACAAAAAUGGCGAGGAAUUCAGGGACUUUGAUACGACAGUUGUUUGGCAAUUGGAGAAAACCUUGUGCAGGUCUUCUUCAUCAUCGUCGUAAGCUUCUUCCUAGUUCCAUCCAAACCCUAACCCUAACUUCAAUCCCGAGUACAACACGAUCUUUACCUCCCCCUUGCAAAUUACCUUUGUCCUCCCCAAACCUUCAUUUUAAGGAACGCUCCGAUAAAGGUCUUGUAUUUUCAAGGCCCGCAAACAUGGUGACUAUUUCGAACAAGGAUGACUAUGACAGGGCAAUUAAACAAGUUAAAGAUGGACUUUGGCCAGCGGUUUUCUACUGGGUUUCUUGUGACCGCACACCUU